GCCGACAGAUCGGCGCCACUGUACCGACGUUCGGUAUACUAGUCCACAUUUUUGGCGGCAGCUGUCCAGUGUAAGGUCCGAUUCCCGAACCGAACGGUCAUCCGAACUUCUUAGCGAACGAGCGUGGUAAACGACCCGAAUAAAGCGGCAAAAUGGAUGCACGAUUCAGGAGCAAUCUCGACAUGAUCGGACGCAACGAGCCAAUCACGAGAAAAGCGAAAUUCUGGCAAAGUUACGUUCGGGCUCUGAAAGGUACCGACGAUAUCAGAGCUCCGGAACAUACGCACAGACCACGCAGUAUUUUCCGCACCGAUUACCCCGAGUUGCAUACCACCUCGCCUACUUGGCCAUUUGGAAAAUCGAUUUUUGAAAAUCCUAUUCAUGCGGCUGACCGUAUCAACACCCCUGGAUAUAGGUAUAUGCCCGUUCAUCGUGAGAUCUACGGUUACUCGCCAAGGCAAAUCUACCCUCACCAAUACAAACCCGUAGAACGCUUCACCCCUGCAAAACCAUUUGACGCUGAGAAAGCUUGGACCGAUCAUCUAAAUCGUUUGGCUGACAUCGACAAACUUUACCCGAGUAGGUCUCCAUUACUUGCUCGACACAUAAGUCCACCUCUUAGCACGAAGAAACUCUUUGAUAUCCAUGGUAACUUAUUAACUGAUGAUAUCUUCCCAAGUUACUCAUCGUUCCUUCGCAGAAAACCUUUUAUGGAUUUACUUGAACCAUCUCCAACAGCUCCGAUCAGUGCCUUCACGAGAGACCCUUGGUGGUAUCCAAGUUAUGCUCCGUAUAUUCCAAGCUAUGCUCAAUACAGCACUCCGUUUUAUCUGAGGGACAGCUACCUUAGCCCAAUUAAACGUAGCUUCUUAUGGAGCCGACAUCCUAUUAGACCGCUUGCUCACGUCUACUGAUAACUCAACUCCAACUUAAAAACAUACAUAUAUGUCGCCCCGUAUGGAACGCGUUAAACGAAUCUCCCGACGAUCGAAGAAGGAAGUGACGUAUGCAAAGUGGAAGUGAAAAUGAGUAUGAAAAAUUAAAGAAAAAAAUAAACAAAAUUUAACAAAAAAAAAAUAAUAAUAAAUAUAUAACAACAUCGACAAUAAUAUCAACGAGGAGAAAGGAAGUACACUUACGUCUCUGGUAUCCUGAAAAGAAAAAACCAAAAACAAAAAUAACACAAAAUUCUGUAUAUCUCUAUACUUCUUAUCCUAAAAAAAAAAAACAAAAAAGCCAAACAAACAAACAGAACAAUAACAUUAAAACUCGAGAGCAUGGGAAUUUUAUUUAUUUAUUAAUAUUUUCUCGAAACGCGAUCUACAACAUAAUAAUUAAUAAUAAUAUAUUGUAUUUCACGUUCGUGAUGUCCGAGAAUAAAAUAAUAAUAAACACUGCCAGAAACUUAUUGGAAAAAUUAAACAAAAAAAGGAAAAAAACCAA